AUGGCGGCGGCCGACUCCGACAGAGAUCCUCCGUCCGCUUUAUGCUCCGAAUUCCUCCAUUUCUCCGCCAAAGACACGGCGUCGCAAUGGAUGGCAGCAGCAGAUCUUCAGCAGGAAGUGUAUCGGCACCUGGCCGUGUACGUACCCAGAAUCCUUUGCUUGGGGCCGAGCGGGUGCAGCAGCAGAGAGGAGCAGAGGGAGGAGCAGAGGGAGGAGUUGGCCUGUCAGCUGCUCCUCCUGGCUCCUCUGGAGUGGCUCCUGCUGGGGGAGGAGCCGGCUGCAGGCCUGGCGCUCCUGCAGGAGAACAACCAGCCGUCUCCUCUGUGUGGACACGUGUUCAAGGUGGGAGAGCCCACCUACUCCUGCAGGGAGUGUGCAGCUGAUCCCACCUGCGUUCUAUGCAUGCAGUGUUUCCUGGGGAGUGUUCAUAAAGACCAUCGAUACAGGAUGACCACGUCAGGAGGUGGAGGUUUUUGUGACUGUGGAGACGCUGAGGCCUGGAAGAAGGGUCCUUACUGCCAGAAACACACCCCCACCCCCACCAAGAGAGACACAGAAGAGGACCCCGUAGCCCAGCUGCCUGCUGACAUGGUUGCCCGUAGUUACAACAUCUUCUCCAUCAUCCUGAAGUACGCUGUAGACCUGCUGACCUGGGAUCAGGAGGACCAGCUGCCUGCAGGACUGGAACCACCGGAGAAAGGAGACACCUACUACUGCAUGCUGUUCAAUGAUGAGGUUCACACGUAUGAGCAGGUGAUCUACACGCUGCAGAAAGCCGUCAACUGCAGCCAGAAAGAAGCCGUCAGCUUCGCCACCACCGUCGACCGAGACGGAAGGAAGUCGGUGCGAUACGGAGAUUUCCAGUUCUGUGAACAAUCCAAGUCUGUCAUAGUGAGGAACACCAGCCGCCAGUCGAAGCCUCUCAGAGUUCAGGUGAUGCACUCGUCUGUUGUUGCUCAUCAGUGUUUCGCUCUCAAAGCUCUCAGCUGGUUGGGACAGAUCCUCCAGUACUCAGACGGUCUGCGGAGGGUUCUGUGUCAGGUUGGACUUCAGGAAGGUCCAGAAGGAGAGAACUCCUCGCUGGUCGACCGGCUCAUGCUCAACGACUCCAAAAUGUGGAAAGGAGCGAGGAACAUCUAUCACCAGCUGCUGAUGAACAGCCUCCUCAUGGACCUCAAGUACAAGAAGAUCUUUGCCAUCCAGUUCGCCAAGAACUACAGACGCCUCCAGACAGAUUUUAUGGAGGACGACCACGAGCGAGUGGUGUCAGUGACGUCACUGUCUGUUCAGCUGUUCACCGUGCCGACCAUGAGCUAUGAACGCUUGCAGAACGACUACGUGAGAGACGACCACGACCGUGAGUUCUCCAUCACUGACCUCUCAGUGCAAAUAUUCACCGUCCCGUCGCUGGCCCGGAUGCUGAUGGUGGAGGAGAACCUGAUGACCACCAUCAUCAGGACAUUUGUGGAUCACCUCCGUCACAGAGACCUGCAGGGACGCUUCCAGUUCGACCGCUACACCGCCCAGCAGGCCUUCAAGUUCGGACGAGUCCAGAGCCUCAUUGGAGACCUCAAGUAUGUCCUGAUCAGCCGACCCAGCGAGUGGAGCGAUGAGCUCAGAGAGAAGUUCCUGGAAGGUCUCGACUCUUUUCUGGAGCUGCUCAAGUGCAUGCAGGGCAUGGACCCGGUGGUGAGACAGGUGGGGCAGCACAUAGAGAUGGAGCCUGAGUGGGAGGCAGCGUUCACUCUGCAGAUGAAACUGACCCACAUCAUCUCCAUGAUCCAGGAGUGGUGCUCCACUGAUGAGCGCGUGCUGAUCGAUGCCUACAGGAGAUGUCUCAGCGCUCUCAGUCAUUGUCACAGCGGCCUUCCGGACGGUGAGCAGCCAAUCAGCUUGAGUCUAGCCGGUCACUGUGUGGAGACGUUCAGGUACCAGGUGUCUCAGGACAAGGUGUCCAUACACCUGCCGGUCUGCAGGCUGCUGGCAGGUCUCCAUGUUCUCCUCAGCAGGACGGAGGUUGCGUCUCGUUUCCCUGAACAGCUCCCACUGGGUGAACUCAGCCCCCCCCUCCUCAUCGAACUACCUCUACGCUGCCUGGUGCUCUGUGCCCAGGUGCAUGCUGGGAUGUGGAGGAGGAACGGCUUCUCUCUGAUCAACCAGAUUUAUUAUUAUCACAACGUGAAGUGCAGAGUGGAGAUGUUCGACAAAGACGUCAUCAUGCUGCAGGCCGGAGCGUCCAUGAUGGAUCCAAACCACUUCCUGAUGAUAGUUCUCAGUCGAUUUGAACUUUUUCACAUUUUCAGCUCCGCAGACUGCAGGAAAAGAUACAGAGAGGCCAACAAGGAUGUGGUGCAGCAGAACAACACUCUGAUUGAGGAGAUGCUUCACCUCAUCAUCAUGGUGGUCGGUGAGCGGUACGUGGCGGGUGUCGGACAGGUGGAGCCCUUUGAUGAGGUCAGAAGAGAAAUCAUCCACCAGCUGUCAAUCAGACCGAUGGCUCACAGCGAGCUGGUGAAGGCUCUGCCCGAGAAUGGUAAUAAGGAGACGGGUCUGGAGCGAGUCAUCGACAGUGUUGCUUCAUUCAAGAAGCCGGGUGUGACAGGUCGAGGUCUGUAUGAACUGCGUCCAGAGUGGAACAAACACUUCAACCUGUACUUCCAUCACUACAGCAGAGCCGACCAGUCCAAGGCGGAGGAGGCUCAGAGGAAGCUGAGGAGACAGAACGGAGAGGACACAGCCCUGCCCCCCCCAGUGCCCCCUCCUCUCUGCCCCCUGUUCGGCAGCCUGGUGAACCUGCUGCAGUGUGACGUGCUGCUGGCUGUGGAGGGAGCCGUGCUGCAGUGGGCCGUGGAGCCCAGCGGAGGAGGCUGGACCGAGUCCAUGCUGCAGAGGGUGCUCCACCUGGUGGGCAUGGCUCUGCUGGAGGAGCAGCAGCAGCUGGAGAACAGCAGCGGAUACGAUGACGUCACCUUCAACUACACCUGCAAGAUCACACGUCCAGGUGAAGCUCCCAGUACUUCAGGAAGUGUUCUAGCUCUGUUGGAGAGUCUGCAGAACGCUCCUCACCUGGAAGUCCACAAAGACAUGAUCACCUGGAUCCUCAAGAUGGUGGCGAACAUCAAAACCAUCAGAGAGCGUUCGUCCUCCACCUCCAGCGUCACCAUCAGCCAGGGACAGGGACUGGAAGAGACGGUGCGGGACAAGGACAAGGCGGAGAGGAAGCGGAAGGCGGAGAUGGCUCGGCUCCGUCGGGAGAAGAUCAUGGCUCAGAUGUCAGAGAUGCAGAAACAUUUCAUCAACGAGAACAAAGAGCUGUUCCAGCAGAGUCUGGAGGAGCUGGAGGCGUCUACGUCAGCUGCAGCCGAGCACAGUCCUCCCAGUUUGGAGAUGUCCAGUGUGUCUCAGGUGUGUGUUGGUCCCAGGAGGUUGGGUGUAGCUGAGCGCCGUCAGCUGGUGACGUGCAUCCUGUGCCAGGAGGAGCAGGAGGUCAAAGGUCACGGCAGGGCCAUGGUGCUGGCAGCGUUCGUCCAGAGGUCCACCGUUUUAUCCAAAAACCGCCGCCGCGCCCUGCCGAACGCAGAGCGUCAUGACCCUGUCUUCAUGCACCCUGACCUGUCUCUGGGGAUCCACACCGCCAGCUGUGGACACAUCAUGCACGCCACCUGCUGGCAGAGGUACUUCGAGGCCGUGCAGCUGAAGGAGCAGCGACGGCAGCAGCGUCUGCGAGGUCACACCAGCUACGACGUGGAGAACGGAGAGUUCCUGUGUCCGCUCUGCGAAUGUCUGAGUAACACUGUGAUUCCCCUGCUGCCACACGCACACUCACCUGACCACAGUGUCGAUCAUCCCAGUCUGGAGGUGUGGCUAAAGACGACCAAUCAGCAGAUAGCAGCAUUACACUCCGCCCACAGGAAACAGUCUGACGAUGCAGCGGAGGGGGCGGAGCCUCCUGUUCCUGAAGGAUUCAGAAUCGACUUCACUCCACUGAACCCGUUCUCCAGCAGCGUCAGCGAAAUGAUCACCACCUUCAGCAUGUCCACCUACAAGGUCGGACUGAAGGUCAACCCCAACGAGCAGGACCAGAGAAUCCCCGUCCUCAGCUGGUCCACCUGCGCCUACACCAUCCAGGCUAUAGAGCGCCUCCUGAUGGACGAGGAGAAGCCGUUGUUUGGGAGUUUACCUUGCAGACAGGAUGACUGUCUGAGCUCCCUCACCAGGUUCAGUUCAGCCUGUUGGACUGCAGCUCCACUGACAACAGUUCACACACAGUUCAUCAGACUGUUUGCAGUUCUGGUUCCAGACCUUCAGGUAGAAAACACUCCGUGUAUCCUGGACGUCGACAUGUUUCACCUGCUGGUCUACAGCGUGUUGUCCUACAGCUCCGUUCACUGUCUCGACCAAUCACGACAGACCGUGGUCGACUCGGCUCACCUGCAUCUCCUCCACCUGAUUACUGUAACGCACCUGGUCCAGGUCCUGCUCACCUCCACACCAGAGGAGGUGUGUAUGGAUCAGGACGGUGGCGAAUCAGAGGAGGAGCAGCUCACCUGUCAGCUGUACGACACACUGAGGACACAUCUGGGCAGUGUGUUACCUGAGGUGACCUCUGGGUGGCAGCUGCUGCGUUGUGUGAAAGCCGGCGUCCUGCCUUUCCUCCGAGCCGUCGCUCUCUUCUUCCACUACUUGAACUCUACAGCUCCACCUGCUGACCUGCUGGUUGCAGGUCCUGGUCAGUGGGAGGCGCUGUGCAGCUACCUCGGCCUGCCCUCCAACCUGCUGCAGCUCUGCCAGAGCCAACACACACUGCUGGAGCCGCUCAUACACAGGUGGUGUUGUCAUCCAGGUGUCAGACAGACUCUUCAGGGCAGCGGAGUCGUCGUCCGGUUCCCCCGAGAGUCAAACCGACUCAUCGACCUGCCAGAAGAUUACAGCGCCCUGAUCAACCAGGCGUCCAGCUUCACGUGUCCUCGGUCAGGAGGGGAUAAGUCUCGUGCUCCCACGCUGUGCCUGGUGUGCGGCUCCAUGUUGUGUUCUCAGAGCUACUGCUGCCAGACGGAGGUGGACGGAGAAGACGUGGGAGCCUGCACCGCCCACACCUUCACCUGUGGAGCCGGCCUCGGCCUCUUCCUCAGGGUCAGAGAGAGUCAGGUGUUGUUCGUCGCAGGUAAAACAAAGGGCUGUUUCUAUCCUCCUCCGUACCUGGACGACUACGGAGAGACGGACCAGGGGCUGAAGCGGGGGAAUCCUCUCCACCUGUGUACGGAGCGUUACAGGAAGAUCGAGCGUCUGUGGCGUCAGCACGGCAUCGCUGAGGUCAUCGGUCACGCUCAGGAGGCCAAUCAGACGCUGGUCGCUAUCGACUGGCAGCAUCUGUGAUAUUCAUCUCGACUCCACCCCCCCCCCCCCCCCCCCCCCAGUCAGAAAUAAGGCCAAUGAUUGGCUCUCAGCAUUGGCCCUGCCCUCUCUUAAUAAAAAAAACCCUUCUCAACCAAUCAGCUUCCUGCAGCCCAUCGCUGAGCUCAGAUCAGCUUUCAGGGAUUUUUUCAGGAAUUUGGUUUUUUUGGGUUCUUGUGUCCAGGAGGCUUCUGACCUUUGACCUUCUCCGUGUGUCAGUCCACCAAUCAGGGAGAGGCAGUGAACCUGACGUGACGGUCUCACAGACAGGAAACAGCGACGUGAGAUUUAGAAACUUUUUAAAUGUAGAGUUUUGUGUUUACUGAGACGUUCCGACUCUGUGGGAAUCUUUCUGCUGUAGCUGCAACAAUGAACCAAAGUGAAGCCCCGCCCACCUGCUGCUGUCACUCACUGGUGAUUGACAGGUGAUUUAUAGCAGGUAACACUCUUAUUAUCUUUUACAUUUAA